AUCACAAUGAGGCACCGCCGCGGCUCAGCCAAUCACAGCUGUCCUCCCAGUGAACCACCGUCUUGCAAGCUGAAGGAUAAAUCAGACCCUCCUCCUCAUCAUGGCAUCUGGAGCUCUGUUCCCCAGCCUGGUGUCAGGCUCCCGCGGCUCCUCCAGCAAAUACCUGGUGGAGUUUCGGGCCGGUAAGAUGACGAUGAAGGGAAGCACGGUGACCCCCGACAAGCGUAAAGGUCAGGUCUACAUCCAGCAGACGGAUGACUCUCUUAUCCACUUCUGCUGGAAGGAUCGCACCACCGGGAAUGUGGAUGAUGACCUGAUUAUCUUCCCUGAUGAUUGUGAGUUCAAACGGGUCAACCAGUGCACCACCGGACGGGUUUACGUACUGAAGUUUAAAGCCGGCUCCAAAAGACUCUUCUUCUGGAUGCAGGAACCGAAGAGUGAUAAGGAUGACGAAUACUGUCGCAAAGUGAACGAGUACCUGAACAACCCGCCCAUACCAGGCGCCCUUGGUGGCAACAGCAGCGGAGGACACGACCUGUCAGCGCUGGGAGGUGAGGGUGGUCUGCAGAGCCUUCUGGGUAACAUGAGCCACAACCAGCUCAUGCAGCUAAUUGGACCUACCGGUCUGGGUGGGAUUGGUGGUCUUGGGGCUCUUGCUGGACCAGGCUUGGCCAACCUUCUGGGAAGCAGCAGCAGCAGCAGUAGCGUUCCUGCUGUCAGCAACUCCACAACAAGCCCGUCCACGGCCGUCACCCCAACUUCCACCUCCGCUGCCAGCCGGCUCGGCUCCUCCCAGGUGCCCACCACUCCCAUCACCCCCCUGGCCACCUCUGCAGCCUCUCCCACGGCCACCACCCCUUCCACUCCCGCUGCCACAGCAGCUGCAGCUGCGGCCAACCCUACGCAGCCCAUCCAGCUCAGAGACCUGCAGAGCAUCCUGGCCACCAUGAACGUUCCUGCCAGCAGUCAGGGAGUGGACCUGGCCAGCGUGCUGACUCCUGAGAUCAUGGCUCCCAUCCUGGCCAACCCAGAGGUGCAGCAGAGGCUGACGCCUUACCUGCCGUCCGGAGAGUCGCUGCUUCAGAGCUCAGAGGAGCUGAACAACACGCUCAGCUCACCUCAGUUUCAGCAGGCUAUGAGCAUGUUCAGCAGCGCUCUGGCGUCGGGCCAGUUGGGGCCUCUGAUGAACCAGUUCGGUCUCCCAGCAGAGGCUGUUGAUGCUGCCAACAAAGGAGAUGUGGAGGCUUUUGCUAAAGCCAUGGAGACGGAAACAAAGUCAGAUCAGGAGAGCGACUCUAAAGACAAGAAGGACGACGAUGAAGACAUGAGUUUGGACUAAAUGUUUGUUAAAGGAAGCUCAGAUUAUUAUUUAUAUGUAUUUAUUUAUCUUCUGCUGUCCAGUGUCUCUUAAAAAUAACUAAUAUAGUAACUACUGCUCUGUUCUCAGCUGCUCCUGAUUGCAGACAUGACUAUGCCCUGUUGUCCUUAUCCCAGGAGACAGUAAAGUGUGA